AUGGGCAACACCACCAGCCAAGUCCUGGACAACAUCGUCCAAGGCUCCAACUUCGACAGAGAAGAAGUCGACCGGUUACGGAAGCGCUUCAUGAAGCUCGACAAAGACAACUCCGGCACGAUCGAGCGCGACGAGUUCCUCAGUCUUCCCCAGAUCUCAUCCAACCCCCUGGCGACACGGCUCUCGGCCGCCAGGAUGAUUGCCAUCUUCGACGAAGACGGCGGCGGCGACGUCGACUUCCAGGAGUUCGUGUCGGGCCUCAGCGCCUUCAGCAGCAAGGGCAACAAGGAGCAGAAGCUGCAGUUCGCGUUCAAGGUGUACGACAUUGACCGCGACGGGUACAUCAGCAACGGCGAGCUCUUCAUCGUGCUCAAGAUGAUGGUGGGCAGCAACCUCAAGGACCAGCAGCUGCAGCAGAUUGUGGACAAGACCAUCAUGGAGGCGGACCUGGACAAUGACGGCAAGAUCAGCUUUGACGAGUUCACCAAGAUGGUGGAGAAUACCGACGUGAGCAUGAGCAUGACGCUGGACAAGUUCUGA